UCUAAAAUGUUGGUUCUGUUAAUAAAAAUAGGUACAGCAGCUGGUAGACAGCUGUUUUAGACAAUGACCGUGACACUAAAACAAAGUUUAAUCUGGAAUUUUGACUCCUGAAAGUUCAUCUUUAAAGCAAAUAUCUAAUAAAAUGUGUAGUAGCCUAUAAUGUGCUUAAUUUUGAGACAUCAGGAGUUGUUUCGGAAAAGAAUAUCAACUUAAUAUUCACUAAACCUCAGCUGCUUUUGUCUAUUUUUAUCCAAAACCCUCAAAGUAAAAUCUGUCACCUUCCUUUGUUCCUGUAAUAAUCCACAAACUAAUCCCCUCCACAGGAUCUUUCUCCAUGUUCGCAGCGACUCCCUCCAGCCCCACCAGUCACACAGCGCCGGCUCUGGUCCAGUUCCAGCUCGGCCUGUUCAGGGAGGUGGUUCGAGUCCCCGCCAGCAACCUGAGCUAUCGCCAUGCCAAGAGGCUGGCUGCUGAGAUCAUAGAGCGCAAGGCUCCAGACUGUACCGUGGUGGGUGCAGGGGAGAAGAUUCUGCUGUUCAGACAUCAGUUUGCCUCAGAGCAGCUGCUGCACCGCCUGACAGACCACGACGAGCUGCGGGAUGGAGACCUCAUCGAGGUCAUCAUAGCAGGAUCAGCGUCAGUGACUGAGAUGAGGAUCCGUCCCCACACCCUGGUGGUGCAGUCAUACCGGACUCCCACCUUCUGCCACCACUGCGGAGAAAUGCUUUGGGGCCUCGUUCGACAGGGAUUAAAGUGUGACGGGUGUGGAUUAGACUUUCAUAAACGUUGUGCUUUCCUGUUGCCCAAUAACUGCAGUCGAGCGCGGCGUCAGGUCAGCACCAGCCUCUCGUUGUUUCCUCCUCGACGACCACGUACACACUCUCUGUCCAAUCAGGCAGGAGGCAGUCUGGAAGAGAUCAGCAUGUCCAAGCCCUCCUCCAGGCCUCCGUCCUGGACUGAGCCCCCAGUCUGGCUGGCAAUUGGGUACGGCGACACCAGCACGGCUCAGGUCCCUCACACCUUCCACAUCCACAGCUACACCAAACCCACCAUCUGCCAGUACUGCCACCGGCUACUCAAAGGGCUCUUCAGACAGGGGCUGCAGUGCUCAGACUGCAGGUUUAACUGCCACCGGCGCUGUGAGCUGCUGGUCCCCAGAGACUGUCCAGGAGAGAGGAAAGGCAUCAACGGUGAAGAAUCCCUAGCAGUGGGUCACGGCAGCCCAGCAGACCCAGAGGAUAAUGAUUCAGACUGCACCAGCACAACAACACUAGAGAUCUCAGAUGAUGAGAUGUCCACUGAUGGAGACUGGACGGCCGAGACAAAGGAAGAAGCGCCACAGAGAGAGCCGAUGAGUCCGUGUUUCAGCAGCUACAUCCCUCUGAUGAGGCUCGUCCAGUCGGUGCAUCACUCCAAGAGGAGGGUAGGUGGAGUCCUGAGAGAGGGAUGGCUGCUGCAUCACACCAACACUGACACACUGAGGAAGCGUCAUUACUGGAUCCUGGACUGGAGGAGCAUCACUCUGUACCAGAAUGAGAGCAGCACCAAGUACUACAAGGAGAUCACUCUGUCUGAGGUGCUGCAGGUCCGAGGCCCCGCCCAGCUCACCGUGCCCUCGUUGCCAGGCAACAGCGCCCACACCUUGGAGGUAGUGACUGCCUCGCUGGUGUACUGUGUGGCGGCCGGAGAGGACGGGCCGGCCUGGGAGAGCGCCAUCCGCCAGGCUCUGAUGCCAGUGCAGAGCAGCGCGGGACACGGCGAUGAGAACCAGGAGAGAGAUUCAUGCAGAGACAGCGUGGUGAGCAUCAACCUGCCUACCUCUGAAUUUAUAUUUAAUACGUCAUACAUCAGUGUGUUGUACAGUGUUAAUGUGUGUGUGUGUGUGUGUGUGUGUGUGUGUGUGUCUCAGGACAUCAGCUCGGUGUAUCAGAUCUUCACAGACGAGGUGCUGGGCUCAGGACAGUUUGGAGUGGUGUACAGAGGUACUCACAGGAAGUCGGGUCGGCCAGUCGCCAUCAAAGUCAUCGACAAGACGCGCUUUCCCACCAAACAGGAGAGACAGCUGAGGAACGAGGUGGCCAUCCUGCAGAAUCUGUCCCACCUCGGCGUGGUUCUGUUGGAGGGCAUGUUCGAGACAGUGGAGCACGUGUUUGUCAUCAUGGAGAAGCUCCAUGGAGACAUGCUGGAGAUGAUUCUGUCCAGCGAGAGAGGCCGACUCCCUGAACGCAACACCCGCUUCCUGGUCAUGCAGAUCCUGGAGGCUCUGCGCUAUCUGCACUUCAAACACAUCGCUCACUGUGACCUGAAACCUGAGAACGUCCUGCUGGCCUCUGCCGACCCCUUCCCUCAGGUGAAGCUGUGCGACUUCGGCUUCGCCCGUAUCAUCGGCGAGAAGUCUUUCCGCCGCUCUGUGGUGGGCACGCCGGCCUACCUGGCGCCCGAGGUGAUCAGCAGCAGCGGCUACAACCGCUCCCUGGACAUGUGGUCCGUGGGCGUCAUCAUGUACGUGAGCCUGAGCGGCACAUUCCCCUUCAACGAGGACGAGGACAUCAAGCAGCAGAUCACCAACGCUGCCUUCAUGUACCCCCGACAACCGUGGGCCUCUAUCUCCCUGGAGGCCGUGAGUCUCAUCAAUAACCUGCUGCAGGUGUCGGUCAGACGCAGGUUCAGCGUGGGCAAAACUCUGGGACACCCCUGGCUGCAGGACUUCCAGCUGUGGUGUGACCUCAGAGAGUUCGAGCAGAGGAUGGGCUGCAGGUAUCUGACGCACCGAGGGGACGAGGAGCGAUGGAUACGCUAUGCUCAGGAGAGGGGCCUGGACUUCCCGACCCACCUCUGCUGGGACCCUGACAACAACCCCCAAAUGUGACCUCGCUGUGGAGGUUAAAGGUCAGUCAGUUUCAUAAUCCAUACAAAAAUCCUGAAUCUGUCAGUCAGCAGUGAACCAAA